AUGACCUGGGGGAUCUCCUCCGGGGCAAACUACACAAUCCUGCUGCAGGUCUCCCCUGGGGCACGCGAUCCAGAAUGGGUCAACUUCCAGUACAAGUUCCAGAAGAGGGUCCGUGUGCUCAACAUUACGACCCUGAGGAUGAACAACCUGACCCUGGAGGACACUGGGCUGUACCGGGCUCGGAGCUUCUACUCCAGAGGAAGACAAUACGACCAGGAUUUCCACCUGACUGUGUAUGAGCCCCUGCCCCUUCCCCAGAUCCGGACCACGAAUCUGUCCACCACCCCAGGCUGGUGCAACAUCACCGUGCAGUGUGACACCCCGGGAACCAGGGAGGACCUGACCAUGUCCUGGAGGAGCAGGGGACUCCCCAGGGAGCUGGAACAGGGAGGGGCCCCAGGACCAGCCCCCAGCCCCUGGACCCUGGCUCUGAGCCUGCCCCUGACCCAGCCCAGCACCAGCCUCACCUGUGUGCUCAGCAACCAGGGGGACCAGAAAACUGCCACCUUGGACCUUGGGGACAUCUGUGGCCACGGAGCCGCCAGGGGCCCCCACACUGAGAGUGAGGCUCUGGACCAGGAUGAGCCUCCUCUGCAGCCCCAAACCCUGGACGGCAGCGGCCACGUGUCCUCAGAGGUGGGCACCGUGUCCUGUUCCUCUCAGCCCCCGGGCCUCAAGCAGGAGCUCGGGAAGUGUUGA